AUGGUGAAGAAGAUUGAACAUGAUCAUCCGUUAUUUCUCUCACCGUCCGAUGUAUCAGGAGCUAUACAAAUUGGGAUACAGCUCGUCGGGAUGGAGAAUUACACAUUGUGGAGUCGUGCAAUGCAGUUGAAUCUUCUUACGAAGAAUAAAUUGGGGUUUAUUGAUGGGAGCAUUAAGAGAGAUAAUUUUACUGAUGAAUUGGAGAAAAAACAGUUGGAUCGGUGUAAUGCGAUGGUUAUCUCGUGGAUAAUGAGUAAUGUUAGCAAGGAAUUGAUCAGUGAAAUAUUAUUUCAAUCGAGUGCAGCUCUUGUGUGGUCUGAUUUACAGGAACGAUUUGUUAAAGAUUUAUGGGAUGAAUUUGACUCCAUCAUUCCGCCACCUGCUUGUGAUUGUGCCAAAUCAAAGAAAUACACAGAAAGCAUGAGUAGACAGAAAUUAUUAUAG